UCCUGCUGCCCAACCCCACGAGGGGCAGGUUAUGCCCCUUCGCUCACACCAUCGCGAGCAACAUUCUCACCGCGGCGGGUUCACCACCAUGCACAUCGUUGCGACUGGCUUGCUCGCCACAUCUGCAGCGCUUGGCGCCGCGCUAGUCGCGACCACAUGGUUCAUGCGGAACUCGCGCUCGCCGAAGACCAUCACCGUCAUGGGGGCCGGGGCGGGCAGCGGCGCGGCGGCGGGGGCGGGCGCCAGCCACAGCGGCGCGGCGGAGCACCCGGAGCUUCAUGGCGCGGCGGCGGCGAGCGACAAGGGGCCAGAGACGCAGGAGGCUCAGGACUGGGCGGCCCUGUACCGGCGAAUGGCUGAGGAGUUCGAGUCGUCCGACCUAAAUGCAAAGGCCAUCGACCCGCUGAAGAGCUGGUUCCACGGAUUGGAGGACGAGCACAACACGCCCUGGCCACGCAAGUACCCAGAGCUGGAGCCGCCUCUGCAGUACGGCUCGGUGCGGUUGCUGGUGGUGCCGCUGGAGGAGUCGCCUGUGGUGCUGCGCAUUGCGGCGGCUGUGACGGCGGACAUCAUGCGGCUGCUGCCGGCGGGAGCCAAGGUGUUUGCCAACGCGCGCAGCAACUACCACUGCACCGUGUUUCACACCUCGCAGCCCUCCGACCCGCGGCCCAACCCCACCCGCGCCGACGGCGGGCUGGACGACCCCGCGCAGCCGCCGCACCUGCGCCGCCUGCCCACACCCGCCGAGUCGGCGCGGGAGCUGCAGCUGAUUAAGGAUUUAGUGGCGGACACGCAAGUGCCCACGUUGCGGCUGGAGCGGGUGGUCCAGGCGUCCACGGGCGUGCUGCUGCUGACGUGGACGGAGGUGGGCUCCGGCGCCGUCGUCAGCGGGCUGAGGCACCGCCUGCGGGACGCCUUCCCCGGAGCCUCCACCAAGCAGGCCACCAUCAUCCACUCCUCGCUGCUGCGCAUCGUGAGCUCCACGCCCCUGGGCCGCCAGGCCGUGGCGGCCAUCUCAGAGGCCUGCAAGAGCUGGACGGCGCGGCUGCGCGGCACCCGCUACAGCCCGCGGCACCUGUGGUUCAUCCGCGAGCACGAGUUCAGCACCAUCAGCGGCGAGCGCGAGGUGCUGGCGCUGGCGGACCCCGAGCACAAGGAGCAGGUGGUGCACUACUGAGCGUGGUGCAUUGUCAAGCCAAGCGGCAGGCUGUCGUGCGCUGCCGUACUGCGCUCUUGGGGUUGCACGUUGCUGGCUCACCAGCUGCGUCGGCAGGUCCCUUUUGCAAUCAGCCAGCGCAAGCUGAAGCUGGGCAGCAGGCAGGGCGGCAGGCUGCGUGGCCGCAGGGAAGGAGGGCGAGGAAGAGGAGGUGGCGCGCGUGCGGGUGCGGGGGGCCGGGGGCCGGGGGACUUGCCGGGAAACAGGAAUGGAGGAGAGGCGGAGCGCAGCGUGGAUGCUCGGAUGCUGGCAGUGGGGAGCGGGCUAUGUGAGGUCGACGGUACGGCAUUGACGUGACCUCGAGGGGGCGGCGCACGGCGGCAUGGGAUGGCUUGGGCGCGUUCAUUGUGAAAGCGUAUCGGAGUUCGCAGUCGAGACUUGAAACAUCAUGUUGAGGCAGGGGAUCUGCGCGUAUGCUGCGUACCGACGUCGACGGACUGCAUGCGCUGCUCGUGAUGGAACAUGGCAAGGGGACUGCAUGCGCUGCGGUGGCUCGUGAUGGAACAUGGCAAGGGGACUGCAUGCGCUGCGGUGGCGUGCGGAAUGGCGUGCAGACUGAGGACCAAAUCCGCAUUGCCGGGCAGGCCAGCACGAUGCCAGUGUGUAGCAGCCUAGCAGGAUAGAGCAGGUUAAGGGACUUUAUGACUAGCCAGAGACUGCCCACGAGUUUCUGCCACACAUGGGUACCGCGGCCGUCGCAGUGGCAGCAGGAGCUGCAUGCUGAUGCCCAAGGAGAGCUAGACUCACAGCGGCGGCACCUGGCCCCUGAAACUCC